UUGGACAAAAAUGGUGAUUGUACGGGAAUCGCGGAAUAUAUCCCAGGUCUUACCGAUAUCGUGCACACCGUAUGGUACGGUACGGUUUUUCGCUUCUAUAUCAGGAACAUUAUGACAGUCUUUCUGCCAUUCUUCCUCCUUGCCUAUUUGAACUAUCGUAUCGUACGAACCCUGCGGAAUCAACAGCGAUCAGCGCAGAUGUUUCGACUGUCAAGCGAUCACAAGAGCAAAAUUCGGUCGGCCACCCGACUGCUUGUGCUCAUCGUCUGCUCGUAUCUUCUCGCCAAUGUUCUUAACGUUCUCAUCACACUGUGGGAAUAUGUGGCCUUUCAAUCUACCCAAACUCAGGAGGCCUAUGUGAUUUACGAAGCUUGCACUGAUGUAAUUUCCGUACUGUACGUGCUGGUCUGUGCAACGCGAUUAUUUGUUUAUAUUUCUUGUAACAAA